AUGUCUUCUUCUCCCUCUAAACCACUCCCUCUAUCGGAUCCUUCCGAGGUCCCCAAGACCGAGCUUGACACCCCCAAGGAGGGGAGCCCAACGGCAUGGCUGACUGUCGCCGGCUCGGCCGCUGCUCUGUUUGCUUCGUUCGGCUGGGUCAAUUGCAUCGGGGUGUUUCAGGCGGAGUAUGAAAAUAAUCAAUUACGCGAGUACAGCAGCUCCCAGAUCUCCUGGAUCACGUCGAUGGAAUUCUUUUUCAUGAUGUUCCCCUCCGCCGUAACGGGGAAGCUGUUUGACAGUUACGGGCCGCGAGUGCCUAUUGCGAUGGGCACGCUGGUGCACACCUUCGGGCUGAUGAUGGCCAGCAUUUCGCACAAGUACUAUCAGUUCAUGCUGAGCCAAUCGGUUUGCUCUGGACUGGGAUGCGCUCUCAUCUUCACCCCUGCCAUGGCCGCCCCGUAUACCUGGUUCCGCAGAAGGAAGGCGAUUGCUUCUGGGCUCACUGUGGCAGGGUCCUCGAUUGGUGGGGUGGUGUUUCCUCUCAUGGUCCAACACUUGAUUCCCCGAGUGGGAUUUGGCUGGACGAUGCGAAUCUGCGCCUUUUUGGUCCUGGCCAUGCUGAUUUUCGCUGUCCUGACGGUUUCAUCCCGCAUUGAGCAUCGUCCGACGCCAAUGAAGAUCGUCGACUACGUGAAGCCUCUAUCCGAGCUGGACUUCUGCAUCUUAUGGGGGAUGUUUGUCCCGUUCAAUUACAUUUCCGUCGUCGCAAUGCGCCAUGGUAUGUCCCAUCGCCUGGCGCUAAGCCUAAUCCCCAUCCUGAACGGUGCGAGCUUCCUGGGUCGCACCGUGCCAAACUACUUCGCCGACCGGUGCGGCGCAUUUAAUGUUAUGAUUGUCAUGACACUGUUCACCGCGAUCAUCGUGCUCGCCCUCUUGCUACCCGCCAGCGGCAACGCAGCUUUCCUGACUUUCACGGCCCUCUUUGGGGUGGGUUCAGGAGCGACAGUCGGCCUGGGUCCUGUCCUGAUUGCCAUAUUGUCUCCUAUCAAGGAAGUCGGCCUAAGAAUGGGCACCACGCUAGCCAUCGGGGCCGUCGGGGGGCUCACCAGCCCUCCUAUUGCUGGGGCGAUUGCGGCGCGGGAGGAGGGGGACUUCACAUAUGCGUGUGUCUUCUCGGGCGUCAGUUACUUCUCAGCCUUCGUUUGCUUUUCGGUCCUGCGCGUGCGUCGUGGUGGGUGGAGGGUUACAUCGACGCUCUGA